GGAUGUCUGGGCCGCGACCCAUCGUCCUGAGCGGCCCGUCGGGCGCGGGGAAGAGCACCCUGCUGAAGAUGCUGCUGCGGGAGCACAGUGGCCUCUUCGGCUUCAGCGUGUCCCACACCACGAGGAACCCGCGGCCCGGGGAGGAGGACGGCAGAGAGUACCACUUCGUGACCAGGGAGGCCAUGCAGCGGGACAUCGCCGCUGGCGACUUCAUUGAGCACGCGGAGUUCUCGGGCAACCUUUACGGCACCAGGGCCGACAUGGAGAGCAGCAGGGAACCCGGCCUGUUUGACCUGGUCAUCAUCAACGACAGAGUGGACGAGGCCUACCGGACCCUGGAGGAGGCGCUGUCCGAGGAAAUCAAGAGGGCGCAGGCGGCCGACGCCGUCUCCUGAGGACACGCAGGCUGUACCCGCCCCGCAGCGCCGGGGUGCUGAUGCGCCGGGGGCUCCCCACUGCUGCGGCUCCUCUCUGUUGCCCUGGGUGGGUGCUGGGCCGACCCCUCAAUAAAGACGCUCGAGGCUGA